AUGAGUCUAUCUACCCUACCUACAAGAAACAAAAAUGUCGUUAAUGUUUGGAUAAAUCUUAAAACUAUGGCGAAUAAAUUGUUAUUGCUGGUUCUGAUAGUGCAUGCAAUGCCUUUAAAUGCACUAAGACUCUUGGUAUUCUUUCCAAUAUCAGCUAAGAGUCACAGCAUAUUAGGUCAUGGCAUUGUAAACCAUCUCCUGGACGCUGGCCAUGAGGUGGUGCAUAUAACAUCAUUCCCCAAGGACAAACCUUUACCAAAUCUAACAGAAAUCGAUGUAAGCGAAGUAGGAGAAAGAAUCAAAGCCACCUUAAUCAAAAGUGAAGAGUAUGCGCUAAAGCAUCUGGCGGAAAAAAGAGUUGAUCCAAUCUUCUUAAUGGGCUUCAGCUAUACAUUACACAAACAAGUUCUCGAAGAACCCAUUAUUCGGGAGUUCCUUGGCGAUAAGAAACAGAAGUUCGACGGAGUUGUUGUUGAGUGGUUCUUCUCUAAUUUUGUUGCUGGACUGGCACCCCUAUUCCAAGCUCCGCUUAUAUGGGUUGCGACAACUGAAGCGCACUGGCAAGUUCUAGAAGUGAUAGACGAACCCUCGAAUCCAGCAUACAGCAUAGAUUUGUUCUCUAGCAACUCUUUACCACUGGACUUUAUCCAAAGAAUCGAAGAGCUAUACACAAUGGUCAAAAGAUAUAUCCUAGCAAGAUACUACAUAACGCCGAAAGACGAGGACGCUUACAACACACUGAUAUUGCCAAUAGCGGAACGACGAGGCGAACAAAUGCCAGAAUAUGAAGAAGCUAUUUACAACGCAUCGCUUUUAUUACUAAACUCCCAUCCGUCUUAUGGGACCCCGUUCAAACUCCCGCAAAACGCUAAGUACGUCGGUGGGUACCAUGUCAGUACUGAAGUCAAACCUUUACCAAAGGAUCUUCAAAAUCUCAUGGAUGAGGCGAGACACGGUGUAAUUUACUUCAGCAUGGGCUCAAAUCUGAAGAGCGCUGAUAUGAGCGAAUCCAUGAAGAGUUCUCUACUAAAGAUGUUUGCUCAGUUGGACGAAACUGUGAUAUGGAAAUUUGAGACUGACUUAAACGAUGUGCCUAAGAACGUUCACCUAGUAGGUUGGGCACCGCAGGAAAGUAUAUUAGCUCACCCUAACUUGAAGUUCUUCAUCACCCACGGCGGUCAACUAUCAACAACAGAAGCGAUACACUUCGGAGUUCCAGUUAUCGGUAUACCUGUGUUAGGAGAUCAGCACGCUAACAUGAAUUCAGUGAAGAGUAAAGGUUUCGGAAUAACCGUGCAAUUAACAGAACAGUACUUGGUCAAAGAUUUGUAUGAAGCAAUAAAGGAAAUUAAAAGUAACCCAAGGUACAAAGAGAAAGCCAGAGAGCUAUCAAGGAUAUACCACAAGCGCCAACAACCACCCGGAAAGGAGCUUGUCUUUUGGAUUGAAUACGUCAUCAGUACUGGCGGUGCAACUCACCUAAGGUCGCCUGGCCUGGUUUUACCGCUUUACAAGAAGUUGUAUUUAGACGUCAUAGUAUUUACUUUAUUAGCUCUCUACUUUUUGACUAGAAAGAUAAAGACAGCAAUGUUAAACAAAACAUAUCUUCGUUGGCUCAUAUUAAUAGCAUUUGUGCCAAGCAAUGCAUUACGUUUGUUGGUUUUCUUUCCACUUCCAUCGAAGAGUCACAGCAUUUUAGGCCAUGGAAUUGUGGAUAACCUAUUGCAUGCUGGACAUGAGGUGGUCCACAUUACAGCCUUUCCAAAAAAACAGGAAUAUCGCCAUACGAAUCGUUUAAAAGAGAUUGAUGUGUCGGUAAUAGGGCAAAGAUUAAAGGACCUCAGGUUGAAUGAUAAUGGUUACACAAUAAGAGAACUGAUAAUAAAUAAAAUAGAUCCAAUUUUUAUAAUGUCAUUCGUCAAUGAAGCGCACAAAGCAGUACUAGAAACGGAAGAUGUGAAGGAACUCUUUGAAGACCCAAAGGAGCAGUUCGAUGGAGUCAUAGUAGAGUGGUGUUAUUCCAAUUAUGUUGCUGGGAUAGCGUCGCUAUUCCAAAGUCCAUUGAUUUGGUUCACGACAACAGAUGCUUACUGGCAAAUUCUAGAGUUAAUUGACGAAGUGCCGAACCCAGCUUUGCACGUGGACAUGUACUCAUUAAACUCACCGCCUCUUAAUUUUUAUCAAAGGAUCGAAGAAUUGUUCGGAAUAGUGAAGCGAUAUAUUUUAGCAAGUUACUACGUCACUCCUACUGAAAAAUCUAUGUACGAAUCCCUCUUUUCUGCAUUUGCUUCAAAAAGAGGAGUACAUUUUCCACCAUAUGAAGAGGCAAUUUACAAUGGAUCUUUCCUUUUGAUAAAUUCUCAUCCAUCUAUUGGAUUUCCACGUAAACUUCCGCAAAAUGCGAAACACGUAGCUGGAUUUCAUAUUAGUAGUGAUGUUCCAGCCUUGCCAGAGAAUCUCCAGAAAGUAAUGGAUAGUGCAGAACACGGUGUGAUUUACUUCAGCAUGGGAUCCAAUUUAAGGAGCGAAGAUAUGAGUGAACGAAUGAAGAGUUCUCUCAUGAUAUUGUUUGCGAAAUUAAAUGAAACUGUUAUAUGGAAAUUCGAAACUGAUUUGGACAAGAUUCCUAAGAAUGUUCAUUUAGUUAAAUGGGCGCCACAAGAAAGCAUUCUAGCUCAUCCGAAUCUAAAAUUAUUCAUUACACAUGGAGGACAACUGUCAACCAUUGAAGCAAUACAUUUCGGGGUGCCCAUCAUUGGGAUUCCAGUUAUGGGAGACCAACUGAUGAACAUGAAUAUUGUUAGCCAGAAAGGCUUUGGUAUGACAGUAGAUUUAUCGGAAGACACUUUAACGACGAGUUUAUUUAGCGCCAUCAAAGAGAUGAGCGUUACUCCAAGAUACAAAAUAAAAGCGAAGGAGCUAUCAGUAAUUUUCCACAAUCGUCAGCAAACGCCUGGCGAAGAACUGGUCUAUUGGAUAGAGUACGUGAUCAACACUGGAGGUGCACCACAUUUACGAUCGCCAGCACUAUCGUUACCCUUAUACAAAAAAAUGUAUUUAGACCUUAUAGCUCUGAUCCUUACAUUAUUAUUCUUAUUAGUGAAGAUCAAAAAUGGAGUGAAAUGUGUUAUAAGAGUUAAGAAAAUAUCGAGGAAAAAACUAAAUUAA